AUGACCAGCAUACUGGAGCGACUCCCUAGCGAAAUCCUCGAACAAAUAUGCAAAGACGUUCUUAUCUGCGACUUGGUCGACGUUACUCCAAACAGGAACUCACCGCCUCGGCUGACUGGUAACUCAUCCGACGGAUCUGAUACGUCUGGCCGCRCGGAACCAGACGUGAGAAGGUGUACUGGCGCAGCAAUACCCACAGAGUUAUCAGCCCUACUCCACACUUGCCGACAGCUGUAUCACGAGGCGUCUCGGAUCUUCUUCUCCUACAACAAGUUCCACAUUGACGUUUCCGAAGCCACCCUAUCUGAGCCCGCGCGUUGGUUAUCGUCACUACCUCGUGAGGGAAGAUCGAGAAUCAGGAACUUUACUAUCACUUAUCAAGCUGGAAAUAAUGACCUGUUCUCUGAACUCAAAAGACAGUCGAAUGCCUUCGAUCCCACCAGCUUGUCUUUACUCGUCAAUGCCCCUCGCAUCAUCCGUGAUAAGAACAUGAGAAUCAUCUCCAGUGCACUCAGGGAAUUGCAAAGCAUAGACGAUUUCAAGUUCUCGGCCAUCAAUAUCCGAUUCGAGCGCCAGGCCGCUGGGUCAUUGGAGUGGGAUUCUUGUCGUCGGUGUUGGGCACAGUGUCUGUAUGAGAUGAACGACACUUUCAAGUUGCCCGAUGGCGAUGAGAUUGGUUGCGAUUCUUGUAGGAAGAUGGGAUCUGCCUCUCGUUGCUCGUAUCAUUGUCGGAAGCCUCUGGACAGUUGGGCGACAGCAUCGAGUGCAAGACCGGGAGGACCGAUCUAA